AUGCUGACCGCCGAAACCGAGCAACGGCGGCAGUAUGAUACUGCUGCGCUUCGCGAUGCACUUUCAGUGCUCGCGCCGAGAGACUCCAUUUAUCUGACCGCUGAGAGCGAGCAGCGGCGGCAUUAUGAUACCGUUUCCAUUCGAGACGCCUCGUUGGAAGAAGACUACCCGCCUCGAGUCUUUCCGCACAGAAUUGCCGAGACUGAUCAAAGACGGCAAUAUGACACUGCCGCCCUGCGAGAUAUCUUAUUGGACGACUACCCACCUAGACAGUUUCCUAGGAGGAUUCCGGAAGACUCACAGCGACGGCAGUAUGACAUCUCUGCUAUUCGCACUGCCAUGGUAGACGAUGCACCCGUCGGGGAGGCCAGAACGAGCAUUCAAACUGCAAGUCGGUCCUCGAGACAGUCUCGCCGCCUGGCAAGUUACUACAAUGCUUUCCAGACCUCGUGCUCGCCAUCCAACGAUGCACCUCCCAACUAUCAGAGCGCCGUGAGAUGCAGAAAGGAAUCUAUAAUUGACGGUGCCGAGGACUUGCCAGAAUACUCCUGCAGCGUUUUUGCACAAGCCAAGCUCCAUCUAUGUGUUGAAUCAUUUAGCCCGCUGGCAGAUGCUGUCGCGAGUGAUUGGAAGGAAGUCUACGCAACUGUUCGCGGAACAAUGCUGAGUCUAUACCGACUCAAAGAUGGAGCACCUGGAAAGUUGAUUUACUCUUAUACGCUACAGCAUGCUGAAGUUGGACUGGCUCCCGAUGUCGAGCACACGGUGCUGGUUCCGCAAACUCGUUUUGCUCAUUUCAUUCCCUCUAGUGCGAGACGACGGGCCUGGCAGAAAGACACGGAGAUGUUCAAGCCAGUGGAGCACACGACCCUCAGAUUACGAGCCGAGACGGAGCAAAUCCUGCUCUCCGGUCCCGAGGAGGAGGGCAUCCACGCAUUCAUGUUCGCUAUUGGCUCUGCGAUAGACAUUGCGCAGCCCAUCGACGACCGCAGCAUACCAAGGCAAUGCACUGUUCCCAGGCGACGAAGGAGACCGAGACCGACGGCCGCCGAUCUCAAUGCUCCAAGCCUCUUAGCUGAGCAGGAGCGCAUCUUCCAAACAAUGUAUCCAGAUCUCGCGACGGAAAGGCAGGCUUCUAUUCCAGAACCCACCCAUGAUCAGACGAAUUCGCCCACGCGCGAGGAAGAUGAGGCUGACAUGACGCUUUUCCGAGAGGAGGUGGCUGCUCUGACGAGGUUAGACACUGCACCUUCGGUUGAAGCUCCAACUCGUCCCUCUGUCGUGCGGCAAACGACAUCAUCCACCGUGAAUUCCGUGAUGUCGAACGAUAUGAUCUACGCAACCUCGCCCGAGAACUUCGACCUGGACGGCAAAUGGGCGCCGCCACACAUUCGAUCACCUGCUCAGAUGCAGCGCUACCUACGCAGAUGUUUGCCAMUGCUACUCGUAGACGCGCCUCGAGCCAGCGACGUCUYGAUCUGCGGAGGUAAAAGGGUCAGGGUCAACUGGAGAAUGGAAUUACUCGAAGAGUUCGAGCUUCGCCCUCCAGCCUACAGGUCUCAUGACUUUCCGAAAAGCAGGAGUCUCAUUCGGACACAGUCCCUGAGCUCCGCUACAGGAACAGCAUCGCCGCAGCGCUCACAUUCUUCAAUGAGCAAUGAGCAGCACGACGAAAUCACACCUGUCGAAUCCGGGCCACGAAACCUCCAGCUCAGCAAAGUCACGUCGAAUUCCGACAAGAGAGCAUCUCAAAUCAGCACUCCUGGCGGUGCUGAGAACGGAGAGGCCAAGGGCCAGGAUAGGCGCGAAAUUGCGCAAGAGUUGCCCACCAAUGCCUAUUGUUUUUAG